AUGACAAAAUGGCAACAUAUUGAACUUUGGCGAAGAAUAAUCUUACCAGAAAUUGAAUCGCCCUGCGUGUUAUGGGAUCGCAACAAAGAAAUUAUUGUUCAUGAACAAGAUUCGAUAUCAUCUUCAGUAACCACGGAGACAAUUUUAGAUGGUAUUACUCGAGAUCAGACUAUCAAUAUUAUUUUUAGUCUUGGUACAGCGAGUCAACAAAUUCACACAUUAAAAUCAAUUACACUUGGUCAACUAUUGAAUAAUCGAUAUUUACCAGAUCUAAAUUUAAAUAUCUCUUUGUACAAUUGUCAAUUAACACUUAGUAAAACCGAUGAUCAAAUACUUUCUGAAGAUGACUUUCAAAACCCUGUUGAAAUAUAUCUAUCUAAUGAUGAUGAUCAUGAUGAAAUAAUUCAUUUUCGAAUAUCGGUUCUAAUUAAAAUUCUUAAGAAUGAUGAUAAACAAGAAGAGACAUUUUUGCUGAAAGACAAUACAAUUACUAUCGAUCAACUAUUGCAACAAAUAGAAAUGGCUGAUGAUAAAUAUCAAUACUUGACAACCAACGAUACGCCGAAAAUCUUUUCAAACAAUCAAACUAUUUUCAAUGCGCAAAGUAUCAAGUGCAUCUUUAAGGAUAUCUGA